GGCUGGAGUAGCGGGAACGACUCCCAGUCUAGCGGCUGCGCGCUCCUCAACCUGCAGACCGAAAGCUCGGGAGGACCCGGCCUAGCCCAGCAGAACUGGUGGGUGCUGAACCAGAGCAUCUAGGUGCUCUAAACCGGAGACUCCAGCUUAGCCAGAGCCCCUGCUCUCCUCGGGCGCAACAACUUUGACGAUCUAUCGCGGACAGAGCUCAAAACCAGACAACACCUAAGCUGGCCACUCCCGCGAAGAGCCCGAUUUGGAGAGUCUAGAUGCCAAGCUCAGAAGCAGCGAGGACCUCAGGCCAGAAAGUUGAACCCGGGCCACUGCUGUGGAGCAGCUUCCUCUUAGCCCCUCCAGGGGUCUGGUCUCUCUCCAUUCUGAACAACCUCCACAUUGUUCAUCAGAUGGAACAAGUCUGAGACCAGCAGAUGAACAGGCAGAGAGAGGCCUGAAGACCCCAGGAACGGCUCUGCCUUCCUGUUCCUUGAUCCCUCUCUGUCAGUCAUCGUAUCCUACAGUGACAUCCCGCCCCACCGAAAGCUACCUGGAGACAAGACCGAUGGAGAGACCCACCAGCAACUGGAGUGCAGGCAGCUGGGUGCUUGCACUGUGCCUUGCCUGGCUGUGGACAUGUCUGGCCUCUGCUUCCUUGCAGCCUCCAACAUCUGCAGUCCUAGUGAAGCAGGGCACCUGCGAGGUGAUUGCUGCUCAUCGCUGCUGCAACCGGAACCGCAUUGAGGAGCGCUCCCAGACGGUCAAAUGCUCCUGCCUGUCUGGCCAGGUGGCUGGCACCACCAGAGCAAAGCCCUCCUGUGUGGACGCCUCCAUCGUCCUGCAGAAGUGGUGGUGUCAGAUGGAGCCCUGCCUGCUGGGGGAGGAGUGUAAGGUGCUCCCGGACCUGUCAGGGUGGAGCUGCAGCAGUGGACACAAGGUCAAAACCACCAAGGUCACGCGGUAACUCUCGGAGGUCAUGGCUUAGGCAGGACAGCCUUGACUGAGCUCGAGACUGAAGAAAGGCCUCCGGUCACCAGACAGCAGAUAAGAGGACUCACUUACCUGGACAUGUGCCCAUGUCAAGUGUAACAUAGACCUGCCAGGGCCCUGGGCAGCACUCUGUUCAGCUAAAAUGCUUGGAUCUUUGGCCACACACUUGAGAGACCUGUGCUCUCCUAUG